AUGGACAAUAUCCAUCUCGGUUUUUUUUGCUGUGUAUUUCUACCAAUCGGGGACCGCAUUUGUCAUCCAUACUUGACCCAUAAAUCGACGCGUUUAAGCUCCGCUAAUACAGGGUGGCCCAAAAGUCACGACACCGUAACGAAGAAAAUUGAAUAUCUCCCUUAUCUUUCGGCCAAAGAAGCUGAUUUUUUUAUCAAUGGUGCACCGCCUCACUAUGGUAAAGUUGUGCGAGAUUAUCUAGACGAUACUUUCGUACAUUGGAUUGGUCGUCGAGGAACUACAGAAUGGCCACCACGAUCUCCCGACUUAACUCCAUGUGAUUUCUCUUUAUGGGGAAUUAUAAAAGAUCGUGUUUACACUCAAAAUCCUCGUAGUGUAAAUGAUAUGAAAGCACUAAUCAAGGAAGAGUUUAGAUCGGUUAAUGAUGAUAUUAAGCUGUGUCAAUCGAUUUGCCGUUCUGUAGCAAGUCGUUGUCAAAUGUGUACUGAUACAGAAGGCAAGCAAUUUGAACAUUUACUUUAA